GGCAGCAAUGGUCACUUGUAUGGAAAAGAGGAAUUCAAGACGAUGAUCAUUCAACACGUCCUGUGGACGGAUCAAAUGAUAAUUUUCCUUCCUACGAAGUGCAAGAAAUAAAAUAAGCAAACAGACAGCGACUGCCAAAGGAGACUUUGUUGGCGGCAGUCUGUACUCACUAAUCCCGGCUCCUGUCUCUGUGUCACGACGAUCCCCCCCGGAAAAAAAUACAGGGACAAGAGAGAGCAGCAAAGAGUGAAAAAAACGAGAAAAUUUACAAUCGCAACAUCAACCACUACUGGUGUUUAAGCAAGCGUACUGGAAUUCAAAGACCGUCUCUACCCAGUCCCAUCGCGCCUGGCGAAUCAUCGAUAUACGAGAUUUGGCAUCCAUCGCCAUGGGCUUCCGCGACCUUUUGUCAUGUUGCGGAGGAUGGGCGCGAAGCGAGCCAAUCGAUUCCAAGGACCUCAGCGAUUCCAGCGAUCGGCUCACGGCGGCGAGACCCCACGCGCCAGCAAUUACAAUCACGACCAGCGACGGCGACAGCAGUAGCUUCGGAACGACGGGGCUUAGGCAGCCACGAGACUCUGCUUCGGGGCGAAAAAGAGGCCUAAAGCCGAUCGACGAGGAGGAACAGGCGGCAAUCAGGCGAUAUAAAACGCUCGUUCAAGACAGGAAGCCCAGAGAGUUGAACAGUUUGUACUUUGGUGAAGAAGGUCCCGGCGCUGACAUUGUCGGGAGAAGGGUCGUCGGUGGAGGAGGGGUUCAGCAGCAGGGAAUUAAAGAGAAGUCAAGCAGCAGCACGCCUUAUGGCAACGACAGCAGUGGUUUUGCGGACAAUGGAGUCAGUUCUGGGCAUGGAGGGCUGGUCAUGUAUCAACAUGUAACUAGCGGUGGUUCAUUACAGUACGACUAUGCCGGAACGCGGGAGGAUUAUUGAGGCAUCAGGUGGUGGUACUAGCUUGGCAGGGCAGGGGGGGAACUCAAAUAGGAGGAAUUGUUUUAUGGAAAUAUGUUUAUCUUGCUUGCCCAAAUGUUCGCACGCGUUGGGCCUCACACAAUUAGAGGGAACAAAGUACUAAGUAAGGUUUUGGUUCCUGAGGCGGGUGGGCAGCUAGGUACCUCCGGUAGCUGGCAUUGGUGGCUUGGUUGUAAUACUACGGAGUAAUACUGUGUGACUGGGGGGCUUUUGGGGCUUGGAAAUUCGAUUCCAUAGCUCGGAGCCUCAAUGCCGCUUACAGAAUGAACGGUUCAGGGAAGGCGCCGGGACAGCGGGAGGGCGAGUCCGACAUGUGUGGG